AUAAGUCUUAAUGUUAUUUGUUACAUAAUUCGAUAUUAUUAAAUAAUAAUUGUACGUAAAUAAUCAGCAGAAUAAUUAAGAUGAACAAUGUUUAAUAUUACCUACUCAGUUUGUAUUAAAAUAGGUCAAGAUGAUUGUAUAAAUACCGACGGUUAGCAUAUCUCUGUGGCAUUCGUAUUCUACCCACCGUAACGUGUACUAAAGAGAAUAUAUUAUUUCGUGUGGAAGUAAAUUGUCUCAAUUGUCGCCGCCACCCUGAGGAUCCGUUUAUACUUCAGAAGUGGGAUUAUGCCAGGCCCAUGCAUUGACGGAUUUGAGACCGCUGAGAAACACAGGCGAUAUAAAAUGCGACGUGUCACCCAAACCGAUGCGGAGGUUAUUCCAACGUUCCGGCCGGAUGAAAAAUCUAGCAACGUCAAGGGAUGGCUGCACAAGAUCGACCAGUUGGAUCACGUAUAUGGAUGGGACAACAAAGACUGCCAGUUCAUCAUGCAGAUAUGUCUUCGUGGGUCGGCUAGGGAUUGUGCGAUACACCACCGCAACUAUACUACACAUCCGCGAAUGGCUACCACAUGGAGAAGAGAAGGUGCUGUUACUCCAGUUGCAAGAGGGACCGACUUUCAACCAAAGAAAUGUUACGCCUGCCGAAGAGAAGGUCAUGAAACAAAGAACUGCAAAGAGCCGCGCUGCGAGGUGUGCCAUCGCCCGGGACACACGUCGGUCAGCUGAUGGUAUGCGGCCAGCUCUUCACACCCAAAAGUGCCAUACACCAGCGACAAACCAGGCGCCAAUAGCAGCGCUGAUCGCCGUGGGACACGGCAUAUACAGGAUGGCCGAAUGUUAUCGAGCAACACUUCCGGCCUCACAUAAUAAAUUAUUUACGAACUUAGGAAAUAUAUAGAACUUAUUAUUCUUAUAAUAUAAUUAGUAAUUUCAUAAUCAAGUAAAUAGUUCAUUCAUGGCGCAAUAAGUCUUAAUGUUAUUUGUUACAUAAUUCGAUAUUAUUAAAUAAUAAUUGUACGUAAAUAAUCAGCAGAAUAAUUAAGAUGAACAAUGUUUAAUAUUACCUACUCAGUUUGUAUUAAAAUAGGUCAAGAUGAUUGUAUAAAUACCGACGGUUAGCAUAUCUCUGUGGCAUUCGUAUUCUACCCACCGUAACGUGUACUAAAGAGAAUAUAUUAUUUCGUGUGGAAGUAAA